CCAAACCCUCAUUUUUCUCCUUUCUUGCGCUUCACUGUAGUCUCUCUCUGCACAUUCCUUGGAGCUUCAACAGAAAGCUCUAUAACUUGUUUCUCUCCAUGAAUUAAAAUCCGCACACACACACACAUAUAUAUAUAGUCGAGGUCGAUCGGAAUGGCUGUUGGUGCCGUGCAGAGGAUCGAGCGUGGUGAUCUAUGGAAGAGCAGGGCUCUGAUGUUGCAAAUCCGUCUCAGAGAACGUCUUAGGGUGGCUGUAGAUCGCCACUGUCACCGUCCGACGAUUUUCGCCUCGGAUGGUUACUUCUCCUCCACGGUGCAACGCUGGCUGAGGCGGUUCCGAGAUUUCCGUCGAGAUUCCUUGCCUUCCUCCGCCGUUUUCUAUCGGAAAAGAGUCAGUAAGGACUUUAUUGCUGAAGAAGAUUCUGUCAUUCUUCGCAUGCUUCAAGCUGUGGCAGUUCCUGUACUUGGGAAUAUGUGCCAUGUGUUUAUGCAUGGUCUUAAUCGUGUUCAGGUAUUUGGAAUAGAGAAAUUACAUGAUGCACUCUUACAUAGACCCAAGAACAAGCCUCUCAUAACGGUAAGCAAUCAUGUUGCUUCUGUUGAUGAUCCGUUUGUUAUUGCUUCCCUGCUGCCUCCAAGGGUUCUUUUGGAUGCUCAAAGCCUGAGGUGGACACUCUGUGCUACUGAUCGAUGUUUCAAAAAUCCUGUAACCUCAGCGUUCUUUCGAUCUGCCAGAGUUUUACCAGUAGCUCGCGGUGAUGGAAUUUAUCAGAAGGGGAUGGACAUGGCGAUCUCAAAAUUGAACAGUGGUGGAUGGGUUCACAUUUUCCCAGAGGGCAGUCGCUCUCGUGAUGGUGGAAAAACAAUGGGGUCGUCCAAAAGAGGUGUAGGGAGGUUGGUCCUGGAUGCUGACAAUUUACCCAUGGUGAUUCCAUUUGUGCACACUGGGAUGCAGGAGGUCAUGCCUAUAGGAGCCAGCUUUCCAAGGAUUGGGAAGACGGUUACAGUGGUUGUUGGUGAUCCCAUCCAUUUUGAUGAUUUGCUCAAUGCCGAAGGCGUUCAAUACUUACCGAGAGAAAAAUUGUACGAUGCUGUUGCUUCAAGAGUUGGCAUUAGAUUGCAUGAGUUGAAGGCUCAGGUUGAAAAAUUAGCUAUUGAACAUUCAAUCACAUUAGCGAGCACAGAACGGGCAGAUGCUAUUUUGCAGCAGGUUGAUUGGGAUUCUUUUGGCAUAGGAAGCCUUGUCUCUGCCGAAGAUGGUGCAUCAAUGCAGGGAUUCCAGGUCCAAAAAAACGUGAAUUACACUCCCCCACAGCAGCCUCAGGCUCCAGAAAAAACUUUUCGAACGGUAUCCUCGUUUGAAAGUGGAGUCAUGUCGAGAAUGAGAAGGUACAUAGACCCAACUGAGCUGAUGGGUUUUGCAGCCAGAGGCUUAUUUGUUAACAGCAGACCAAAGGAAAGACCUGUGCGUGUCAUAGAGGUCAGGCCUUUAAGGACCUGGAAACAAUUUUCAGAAGCUAACUUAUUACAGCAGUGGAACUCCUGCUAGCAACAAAUAAUAUUAUACAGCAGUGAAUUACACACAUUGAGUUGAUAUAGAGUAAUGAAAAUUCUUUUUGGGGCUGGAGUUCGGUUAGGGUUUGUAAAUGUGGUGGUGUUUUUCCAAGUUGAUUGUUUUUGCCAAACUGGACUUGGGUGUCAUUUGGUUAGAUGUAGGUAAUUUUAUCCCUUUUUAAGUUGCCUUCAUAUUGCCCGUAAUAAAAUGGUGUUCUGAUUUUGUUCUUA